ACCGUACAAUACUUUUGUUAGCAAUUCUGGCGACUGUAAUGACAUUUUGAAGCCUAACACUUUGAAUAUGUGUAUACAUGAACUAUUUAUUUUGCUUAGCAACCAAUUUUAUAGAUUAUCACUUGGGUAGAGUUGAGUCAAUUUUAUUUAAAGAAUUAAAAGGUUAAAUGAAAAUUGAAAUGGAGGAUAUAGAAUAUGAUGAUAAAGUUUUGGGAGUAAAAAUAAGCAAAAAUGGAACUUUGAAAAAAGAUUUUUUGGAAUUUUUUUAUUCGUAUGGGUAUAACUGUCGGAGAUAUUUUAAUAUUUGUGUGGCUGACCCGGAUACAGUUAUUUUUGCAUCAGGAUGUUGGGUUAAUAUUUUUGAUGUCAAGAGUGGGGAGCUCAGAUUCCGGAGAUGUUGUUACGAAGGAAUUGGACAUAUUGCCAAAAAUCCAACGAAACCACAUAUCGCAAUAGCAGAAACUGGAACUAACCCCCCAAUAAUAAUAUACUCAUAUCCAAAUUUUGAAAUUAUCACAAAACUUCUCAAUGGGACUAUGAAAAAAUUUUCCCAUCUUUCGUACAAUUCCAAUGGGGAUUUACUAGUGUCUCAAGGUGGCGAGCCCGAUUACUCGCUAAUAAUAUGGGACUGGGCCUCAUCAAAAAUAAAAUUACGUUGCCAAUCACACAACUCAGAAGUUUACAAUGUCGUAUUUUCGUCAUUUAUGCCAGAAAAUUUAGUGACCUCCGGUUCUGGUCACAUCAAAUUUUGGAAAAUGGUUGACACCUUCACAGGAUUAAAAUUGCAAGGUUCAUUAGGACGAUUUGGUAGCACAGAAAGCUGCGAUAUCAUAGGAAUUUUUUGUAUGCCUGAUGGCAAAGUUGUUUCGGGCUGCGAGUGGGGAAAUAUUUUACUAUGGACGCAGAGUUUGAUUUCGUUGGAAGUCAGAAGAAAAAAUAAAAAACCGUGUCAUGAUAACAUGAUAACACAAUUUGAAUUCAAUAACGGCGAAUUAAUGUCAAUAGGAAUGGACGGCUGGAUUAAAAUUUGGUACUACGAUAGCAUUGAUAAUGCACAACCAUCAGAAGAAAAUCCUUAUAUUGAAAUAGAACCGAUCUAUGAAUUUAGAAUUUUUGAACAAUUUAAUAAUAAUAUUAAUUUCGAUUCAAUGCUGAUGUGUAUUAAAAAAAAAAUUAACGAUUUUGAAGAUACUUUUUGGUACGGGCAAGAUGGCAAUGGCGGAUUAUGGUUAAUAGAUCUCUCGACACUUAACCCACCGACACGGCCUCAAAAAUUAUUAACCUGCCACGCAAGUGCGAUUGCCGACAUCGCAACAAGCACAUGGUCAAAUUUACUCGCGUCUUGCGGCGAUAGCCGGCUCAAUAUUCAUGAUUACUUGAAAAAAAAAUUAAUAAUCACUUAUAAAUUUAAUGAUUCUUGUACUCAAGUCAUCUGGGUACCCUGCUCAAUUGACCCGACGGGCUCAACUCUAAUUUGCUCAUUCACAAGCGGAAUUAUUCGUAUUCUUGUGAUUAAUUUUAAUGAAUUAAUUAAUGAGUCUGAUACUAUUAGUAACAAUAAUGUAUAUUUAACACAAAUAAUCAAACCGCACACAAAAAAAAUAACAACCAUGUCAAUGAAUCCUUCAAAAAGAUUACUAGUGACCGGAAGUAAAGACUUAACAAUAUUUAUAUUUCAUAUAAAUAAUGAUAAAUUAUUUGAAUUAGUUGCUAUUGGUUACAUUAAUUUGCCAGCGGUUAUAAAUUGCGUGAAUUGGAAUCCAGAAUUUGAUGGAAUGAUUUUGUUGGGAUGCAUGAACGGAUAUUUUGUUGAAAUAAAAUUACCGGAAACGAGACCGGUUUAUACAAAAAUAAGUUACGAGUUAGUGGAAUGCAAAUUUCGAACUUUUAAAAUUGAGAUUAAAAACAGAGAAAUAAAAAUUGAAAAUAAUGAAAAUAAUGAGCAACAAUAUAAAUCAGAAAAAAUUAUUUCAGAUUCAGGUGAUAUUUAUAAAAUACCUGAUAUAAUAACCAUUAAUUAUAUGGAUGAUAAAAUAUGGUUAACGAUGAGUGACGAUGGUAAAGGAUUUAUUUAUGAAUUGAUUUUACCAAAAGAUGAAGAGUUUGAACAAAUAAUUUACGUGCAACCGGAAAGAGUUAUAAAAAUAUUUGAAGACGAAAAUGAAGAAGUAUAUAGUUGGUUUUUUUAUGACGAGUAUUUAAUCCUAGGCCUUGAAAGUGGAAAAUUAAAAAUCUGUCAUUUGAACAAAAAUGAUCCCACAAAUUUAUCCGACUACUGGCUUCUGCCCAUCCACGAAAAUUCAAACGGUCAAAUAACAAAAAUUUUAUUAAGCUACGAUAAAAAAAUGUUAUUUACUUCCGGCUGUGAUGGGAAUAUUUUUUCGUUUGUUAUUAACAAUGAUAAUUUAUUAGACAAAAAAAUUAAUUUUGAAAAAGCUCAAAAAUUAAUUACGACCCCAAAAAUAGUAGAAGAUAUUGAAGAUAAUUAUCCAAGUUUAGAAGAAGUUAUAAAAAAAAAAGAACAAGACCGAGUUUUAAAUGAAGCAAAAAAACGCAAACAAGAGACUUUAGAAAUUUUAGAACGUCUUAGAAAUAAUUAUUGUCAAAUUAUUAUUAAAAAUAAUGAGUUAGUAAAAUCCCAGCAGCUGACUCAAGAUGAACUUGAACUCGACCCGCGAAUUACAGAGGAUUUAAAUAGAGAAUUAAAAGAAAAAUUGGAUUCUGUUUAUAAAAAAUAUGAAUUCGAUCUCGAGAAAAGUAAACUAGGUUUGAAAAAAUUGAUGGAUUUUUUUAUUAAACCUAUUACUUGUGUACCUUUUGCUGUAUGCAGAAUUUUGAAAUCUGAUUCGAUGGUUCACUCACUGAGAGAAAGAAAAUUAGCUGAUGAUUUUAAUGAAACUUAUGACAGUAUCGUAAAACAAAGCGAAGAAAGAAAAAUCAAUAUCAGAAAUAAAAAUGAUAAAGUGGAAUUACAGACAGAAAAUAUUGAAUUGAAUGACGAAUUAAUUGAAGAUGGAGAAGAAAUAAAAAUAGAAGGCGUUGAAAGUUUUUUAAAAGGACUGAAUCCUGAUACAGUACAAUAUAAAUUAGGCGCACAGAUUAAUCAGAUGUUAAAAAAAUAUCGCGAGAGAAAAGCGCGAAAUGCUCAACGUGCUCAAGAAUGGAAACUAAUGGAGGCCAGUAAACCAGAUACGAAUGCUGAUAAUGAAGAGGAUGUUAAAGCUGUUGAAGAAGCCAAAAAAACAAUCGGCGAUUAUAAAUUAAAAAUUUCAAAUAAUUAUAAUUAUAAUGAAAAUUUUAAAGUUAGUCGGGACACUACUAUAAGUAAACAUAAACAACUUCUAGAUUGUAGGAAAAAGGCUCAUUUACUGCGCGAGAGCUUCAAUGAACGUCUGAAAAAUAUCCGUAGCAAAAAAAUGGAACUACAAAAUGAAGUUGUCGGACUAAUAGAUAAACUAAAAUUUAUUCAUACAGAAAUACCAGAAAAAUAUAUAAAACCCCUGCCUUCUUUAUUAGAAAUAAAUUAUGACAUUGAAUUUCCAGAAAGAAAUUUAGAAUUGGAAAAAUAUAAAUCAUUGUCAGAAAAAUUCAAUGAGUCUCGUAAUAAACAAUACAGUAAAUCUUCAACUGAAUCGCAAGCCCAAGAAUUUAAACUGAAUAAAAAAUUAUAUGAUGACGAAUACGAAAUUCUGUUAUUAAAUGAAAAAAUAGUAAACAACCAACUAAAUAUGUUUGAUCCAGAGUUAGAAAAUAAUGUGAUAAAAAAAUCAAAAUUGGAAAUAAAAAUUCCGAUGGAAAAAAUGGAAGAAAUGAAAAAUUUUGAAGAUCGUGAGCUGACUGCGUGGGAACAGGAGAUGAAAUUAGCACGCGUUGCUAAAAAAAUCUAUGAGCAAGACUGUAUUAUUAAUUAUAUUAAUAAUAGUUAUAGGAAUAUUGAUUUGGAUCUGGAUAAAUUGGAACAAGAAAGACUAGAAAUCAAAGCGGAUUCUAUUUAUUCAGAACUCUACCAGCUAACUUUACACCAGGAGUUAAUUAUUCUGAAAGAUUUCGAAGAGAAAGAAAAUUUACUGAUUUCCAAAGUCGAUGAUCAUACUUAUCAACGUGAUGCUAUUAAACAAAAGAUACAAAAAUUAAGCAACAAUAUCGACAUUAAAAAUAAAGAAAUAUCUAAAAUAACAGAUAAGAUAAAAGAAUUAAAUAAACAAUUUAUAAAUAUGACAAGUGAAAAUAAAUUUUCCGAGUAUUUAAAAAAAAUUUACCGAAAAAAAUUCAAAUUUACCCGAAUAACUGACGAAUCAUCGGAAUCUUCGACAAGUGAAUCGAGUUCCGAUGAAGAUAAUCAACUCAGUACCGAAGACGAAAAUUUUGACUAUUUAAAUUUGGACGAAAAUACAUGCCCUAUAGGCUGCGAUGAAGAAUUAUAUAAAUUGUCAUUUUCUAUGCGCACAAAACGGCACAAAUUUGAAAACCAAAUGCGAGAUGACCAGAAAAUCCUUGAAGAUUUACGAAAACAAUUGGACCAGAACAAGAAAAAGUUAAAAAUCAUUGAAAGUAAUUUAAAUUUGAGCGAACGUGAGCUACAAGACUACAUGCGAGAAAAACAAAAAAAAUUAAAUGAAAUUGAUGUUACGGUUAUUUUGAAAUUACAUCAAUUGCAGCAUAUCGACAAUGACAGUUUAGUAAAGAUAAGUGACUGUGUUGUGUUCGAUAGAACACAACUAUCGCGACUGUACACGCGAGUCGGGGAAUUGCAACAAGAAACUACAGAUCAAAAAAUAAAACACAAAAAAAAUCGCCAGCACUUGCAUCGAGUAGAAAUAGACUGCGAUUAUAUGGAAAGCGAAAUAAAACGUUUAAAAGAAGAAAUAAAAAAAGAGAUGAUUCAAAAAUUCGGAAAAGAAAUUUCACUGACUUCAUUGUAUGAAGCGGUACUGAGGCGAAUGAUUUAUAAUAUCAAAGCUGAUAUAAAAGAGAUGAUAAAGUCAUACGACAAAGAAAUUAAUGAGGCGAAAAAAAAAUAUAGAGAGCAAGUAUUAGUUUUAGAGAAUUUGAUUCGAGAUAAUACUGAAAAAUUGGGUUUAAUGACUGCAUUGGAAGAGGAGCAGCGGAAAUUGAGAAAAAUAUUAAAACAUAACCCGGAAGAUGAAGAAAAAAUAAAAAAAGUUGAAAAAGAGUAUCAAGAAGAAUUAGCAAAACUUGAGAAAAUUUUAAAAACCCAACGGCAACAAAAAGAAUUAUUUCGUAAUGAAAUAAGAAAUUUGCGUUUGAAAUCUCGCCCUUUACCGCCAGUUUAUCAGCGCAAGUUUACAAAAGUUCUCAGUCUAGAUGAAGAUUUCAAAUUAAGAGAAGACUUUAAUUCUCUAGAAUUUAAUAAUGAGGCUGGAAUUAAAGAUAAAAAUAAUUAUCAAGACAACGACUUAAUUUCAAUCGAAUCCGACGAAAUAAACACUGAGAUAAAAAAAUUUUUAAAUAAAAUUUAUAGAGAAGAAAAUUACAAAGAAUCAUUAGAAGAAUUACUGAGUAAUUUAAAAAUAAAUAAAAAUAUCGUAGUAAUUAAAAAAAUAAAUAAGUUAAUAAAAUUAAAUAUUACUGAUGGAAAAAAAUAUCAACUGAUAAAUAAAUAUAUAGAGGAAAUCAUAUUGAGAUUGGAGUCGGAGUUAGAAAGUGCAGAGUCAAAUUUAUCAUUGAAUUGGGACGUGAAGCCUAAGAUCGAUGAAUUGCUGUCGAGCAUGGCAAUAAAAAGGGAUUCAAUUACUUUAAUUAGUCUGAUAAAUUAUUUGAGGGAAGAAGAUUCUGUUGAGAAGGCUGUUGAUUAUUUGGUAAAUAAAUUGUCCAGUACUGACUCUGAUGUCACUAUGGCGUUACGAGAUUAUGCUAGCAAGAUGUUGAGUGAAAUAAAAAUAAAUAUCGAGGCUUCACAGAGAAAUUUUGAGUAUGAGUCAGAUGAUAAUGAGGAGGCGAGUGAAAAAAAUUCAAGUGAUUAGUAGAGAAGUGAAUACAGGUUUGGACUAAAAAUAGAGUUUGAGCUGCGAUAUCAUGGGGAAUAAAUGAGAUAAUUAGAUGAUUAAUAGUAAAAAAAAUAUAUAACUGUUUAAACGGCAGUUUCUUCUGCGCUAGAUCGAAUCAUCUCCACUAGUGCCCAUAGAAGUUCAAGAACAAACAAAAAAAA